CGCAACAGCAGCGCCUUGAGUUGCAUUUGAGAUGGGGGUGGAGAUCUGGUUUGUUCGACAUGGACAGACCGACUGGAACAUUGACCACCGCCUUCAGGGUCACCAGGACACCCCACUCAACGCCACGGGUGUUGGACAGGCCGCUGCAACUGCUUCGUACCUCGCGGGCAUCCACAGCACCACGCCGUUCGACGCGAUUGUGACGAGUGAUUUGUCACGUGCUCACUCGACAGCCGAAGCCAUUGCCUCUGCGCUGCGCAUCCCAAUGCGGAAAGACGCUGGUUUCAGGGAGCACAAUCUCGGUCGGUUGCAAGGGCUCACGGCGGGUGAAAUGUCUCCAUCACAACGUCGCGAGUACGAGCUCCUGCGAACGGAUUUGGAGUUUAACGGGCACGGUGGGGAGUCAUCGAUGGAGAUGGCCACACGCGUAAGGACCACACUGAAGUCAUUGCAACAACAACAUAGCGGCCAGCGCGUGGUGGUCGUGACUCACGGCGGGUUCCUAUUCCAUUCGUAUCGAUGGAUACGUGAGAUGGGCGUAGACCGGAGCCGCGACGACGAGCGAACUCCCAAUGCAUGCAUUUGCAUCGUCGACGCCGCCAAUGACACUCCAAGCUGGCGAAUCGUGAAGUGGGGUCUGACCCACCACUUGAGUGUCGCCGCAUUGUGACUCCCUCGCCCACGUUAUGGCAACGCUCAUCACUUCCUCAAGACGAAGCCCAUCCAUGCAUGGUCCCAUUCAACAUUUUUGUACCAGUUGAAUGGAAGUAUUGAGCUUUGGUGACGUGAUUGACGGAGAGGACUUUUCC